UUGCGCACAGCCAUUUCAACUGUGUCGAUCGGCCAGCUUGCACGCAAACAGCACAGAAAAUUUCAAAAUUACUAGGAAUUCUCAACAAGAAGCAGCAAUCUAUAUUUGCAGCAGUCUCUGAUAAUGGGUCACCAUUCUUGCUGUAACCAACAGAAGGUUAAGAGAGGACUUUGGUCCCCUGAGGAAGACGAAAAGCUCAUCAGAUACAUAACCUCCCAUGGCUAUGGCUGUUGGAGUGAAGUCCCCGAGAAAGCAGGGCUCCAAAGGUGCGGUAAGAGCUGCCGAUUGAGAUGGAUUAAUUAUUUGAGGCCCGAUAUCAGAAGAGGGCGAUUCACUCCAGAGGAGGAGAAGUUAAUCAUCAGCCUUCAUGGAGUUGUAGGAAACAGAUGGGCUCAUAUAGCAAGCCACUUGCCUGGAAGAACAGACAAUGAGAUAAAGAACUACUGGAAUUCAUGGAUAAAGAAAAAGAUACGAAAGCCUUCAAGUACAUCUCCAACCAGUACCACGAGUAGUGGUACUACAACAACCAAUACCUCCGAGCAUUCCCAAAUGGGUUACAAUUCGAACCAAUUACUAGAUUUUGUAAAUCCAGAUUUGGGGCCAAGGCCGCCCGUUCAUGAAACCUUAUUUUCUUCUUCUUCAUCAUGUCCCUUAUUCAUGCAGUUCGACAAUAUGACUACUAAUUCACUUGAUAUUGGAACACCAGAAAAUAGCGUACGUUCGGAUCAGUAUUUUCAUGAUGCGAAUUAUAUGGGUUUCAACCCUGAAAUAUGGAGUGUGAAUAGCCAUCAUCAUCAUCAUCAAGUUCAAUUAGCUCAUCAAGCUAAUUUUGAUCCCCCUCCUCCUCCGACGGCUUUUACAACGUCCGGCAUGGAUACAAAUAUUUACUUGCCGGCGGCGCCGCGUCCUUUGAUGGAGAACAUGGAAAACAUUGUGCCGCCAGGCCUGGAAGUACAAUCCUGUAGCAUAGAUGAGGAAGGAGAUUUAGGGUUGGAGUGCUUGCAGAGGCAGGAGUUAAACGAAUGGGUGGAAGCCCAGCAACAAUGUUCAAACUUUAUUUUUUGGGAUACUGUUGAAGGUCCACUCGGUGGGGAAGAAAUUGCACCAGCUUCUUCAAAUGUCGGAGCUGCUGAUGCAAUGCCUGCUUUUCCUUCGUCUCUAUGAGAUAGUGAUCGUGAUUGUGAACAUUUCCCCAACCCCACCAUUUUCUCUUAUGUCCCUCUUUAGGAAGAGCUUUCAAGUUUCAAAUGAUUCAGGCUUUUGCUUCUGUUGGUGAGAUUGUGAAAAGUAAUAUUGUGAGUAAAGGCAGCAUAAGAAUGCAUGGCAUGGCUGCCAUUAAUGUUUAUUUGGUGUUCGGAAAUGGAAAAGGAAAAUAAGAA